UAUGCACGCAAACCAUCCGUCUGAAUACUAGUACUUUUUCAUCAUGGGUUCUCUGUCAGUUUUCUCUCCCGGUGGUUACAAGUUUCUUACAUUGACACGCAGAUUCUCCCUGAUCGUCUAUGCUUUUAUGAAUUUUAAAGAGGCUUAGGCACCUAAAGCUUAUCGCAUGAAAGACUUCUUUGUCGCAUGAGGUUCUCUGUGUCCCACUUCAGACAAAUUCUAUAGGAAUAACUGAACACUACUUACCAUGUUUUUUCUUAUUAUUUACCAGGAACUUCCUUGUCAAUGUUGCCCCGGUCUGGUACGGUUAAGCCAUUCGCAACUCUCCAAAUUGUGCCGUAAUAGCAGCGGAUGGUUAAAUUAAUGCACCAUUUGGACCUUUAGAGACCAGUUUAACGCGCAGAGGACACCUGAUAAAGGACAUUGACCCUUUUUUCUUGACUUCUUCAAAUUGCCGGCAUCCAAUUUUCAAAGAAGAGUGACGCAGUGGCUCGUUGCACCAUUUUGGCUCAUUACGUAGCGCCUAGUGGCAAUCCCGGCCAGAAUGUCUUUUAAACUAUUGCCAUUGUAAGUUCAGCCAAUUGUCAUUCACAGCUGAUUCAAACACACACAAUCGCCAACCUUGUUACCACCCAAGAACUUACUACCAUUCAGUGGCGAGUUCAGUUGAUGAGGGUACCAAGCAGUCGAUGAUUCAGUUCAUAGACAAAGUUUCUCCUGGGAUUGAUCGAGGUUGGAGCUUGUCCACGGAUCCCUGCACCGAUAAGUGGAAGGGCGUGGAAUGCGAGUCGCAAUCAGUGAAGAGGAUCGUUCUCGAGGAGCUCAACUUCUCAGGGACUCUUGAUGCCAGUCCUCUCUGCAGAGUCGGGUCUCUAGCUGUUCUUAGCCUCAAGAGCAACAAUCUGGUGGGAGGGAUUCCGGAAGAGAUUGCAAACUGCAAGCGUUUGACGCACUUGUAUUUAGGCGGGAACCGGUUCUCGGGACAACUGCCCGACGCCCUCUCGAGAUUAAAUAACUUGAAGAGGGUCGACGUCUCUGAUAACAACUUCACCGGUCCCUUGCCGAAUCUUGCUCGGAUCUCGGGCAUGACUUCCUUCUUUGCUCAGAACAACAAUUUCACCGGAGAACUACCCCAGUUCGACUUUGCCAACUUCGAGCAAUUUAAUGUCUCGAACAACGAUUUCACUGGUCAGAUUCCUGAUGGCGGAGGCCGUUUCCAGGAGAACAGCUUUCUCGGGAACCCGGGGUUGUGCGGAAGUCCGCUGCCCAAUUCAUGUCCGCCCCCUCAACCAGCCAAGAAGAAACAGAAAAACGUGUCUUUCGAAAAGAUUCUUAUCUAUCUAGGCUAUAUGAUUCUCGGCCUGAUCGUUCUGCUCUUCUCGGUCUACAAAAUAGCAAGAAGAUCCAGGAAAAAAGCAGAUGGGGUCGAUGGUGGUAAGGAUAGGAGAGCUGAUGCUAGCAGCAGCAAGACUAAUGGGGCGUCCAGCGAACCAAAGACGAGCGAUAACAGGUCGGAGUACUCGAUAACUUCCAUGGAGAGUGGAAUGAACACGUCAUCACUUGUGGUACUAACGAAUUCUCCUGAGAUGAAGGAUUUGAAGUUCGAGGACUUGCUUAGAGCGCCUGCCGAGCUGCUUGGAAGAGGAAAGCAGGAAGCCUUUACAGAGUUGUGCUCAGCAAUGGCCUCGUUCUGGUCGUGA